AUGCCGUGCGCAUCUCCCGGACAGAUCGUGUCUUCUGCCGCGCGGAUUUACACACACUCCUUUGUGCUUCUUCACCAAGAUGUCUUUAGAUUCUUGGCGUACGCCGAACAAAGAGCGCAUACAGGCUCAAGCAUUGCCGGAAACGACAAAAACCGCUCUUUAUCGCUUCCCACUUCGGUCGGCACAGCUUGCGCAGCAACAUCAUCGAAAUCUGCAUAUUUAACCAGAAGGCAGAAGAUGGCGGAGAAUAUGAAGAUCUACGAAAAGAAUGACAAAGGUCUCUGGGUGUGGACUGAUCACACCUGCAAACAAUACGACGAAGACGACUUUGAUCCGGAUACGAAUCUUGAGUGGGCGGUACAAUGGGUGAUCUGGAGUUUCAAGGCUGCCUUGGGUUGGACUGGACUGUGUACAUGGGUUGGCAAGUCCAUCGAUAUCAGCGGCAGCCCGACCUUCGAUACCAUCUUGAUAUUGAUGCCGUCCUUUCUGUUGCCGGUGGUCCAUGGAGUGGUGGUCAGGCAACAGGGUGUCAACAUGUCAGAAGGCAAAGCAGCGCAAUUGGCACAAUCGACUUUCUCGACUACAUUGGAGAGUAUGAGCUGGUUCUACGAAGUCGUCGCUGAGGCGUGGAAGCGUCCUGUUCAACUGCCACAGACGCCGUUGACGCCGCAGUUUUCACGGUCUCCAGGAUCUCCAAGGUCGCCACGAACUCCACGGAUGAAGAGACGGAGCGUCAGACAGUGA